UCAAUCUCCUCAUUACUAAGGUUAGCAAAGUUGGGAAUUAGGGAUUUCUCUGAAAUUUUAAAAAACCGAAAAAAUCGAAGAUGAUCGAGGUAGUGUUGAACGAUCGGCUAGGGAAGAAGGUGCGCGUGAAGUGCAACGACGACGACACGAUCGGAGACCUGAAGAAGCUGGUGGCGGCUCAAACCGGUACCAGAGCCGACAAGAUCCGGAUCCAGAAGUGGUAUACGGUUUAUAAGGAUCAUAUUACUCUCAAAGAUUACGAGAUCCAUGACGGCAUGGGCCUCGAACUUUACUAUAAUUAAAUUUUAGUAUAUUUAUUUACGUAAUUUUGUAUGGUUUUUGUUUGAACAAGGUUUAAUUGUUAUGUAUGGAUGUUAUAUAUAUAUAUAUAUUGUGGAUCAUGCUAUUUACUUUUUUUAAGGAAUAUUAAUGGUAGAAUCUAAAGUUGUGGAUUUGGGUUUCUUUUAUUUUAUUUAUUUUUGUGUUUUAAUAUAUUUUCGCUUCGGAAUUUUGA